UUGUCUUUGUCACUUGCCGUAAUAUUUUCAUUCCCUUGAUUCUGGCAAAUGUAAAUUAAAUAAAAAGUUAGAAAUUAAAUUUCGAAUGUAAACCAAUAAAUAAUCGCAUAUCAGAAUAUGGAAGGGGCAUGUAAUAAUACACAGAAGAAUGGAACAAUUAUUAUUAAAAUGUAAGUAGAUAACUAACUAGUAUUUACUUUGAUUUCUCAUGUUCGAGAAUGUUACAAAUCGGAAUUCCCGCGUUUUUUUUGUCAAAACUGACCUAACCUCAACAUCACAAAAUUCAAAUUACACAAGAUUUCACCACCACCAAACAAACUAUUGCGUAUCAAAAGUUUAUUAGUGUUUAAAGUGAAUAUUUAGUGGAACAAACUUGUCUAUUUCUUUUAAAUGGGGCCUCCAAAGCGUCCCAAUUACAAGCCUGAAAAGGCAUCGAAAAAACGCAAAAAGGAUGAAGAAGAAACAUGGAUUCCUGAAGAAGAGGACACCACAGAAAAUGAAGGGGCAGCUGUGCCAGAAGCAGCCGCCCGAAAUGCCGAGAAAAACGACGAAAAAAUUCAAGAAGAUGAAUUUGGGGCCAAAGAUUAUAGAAGCCAAAUGAUAUUGAAACCCGAUAAUGUAUCAAGACCUUUAUGGGUAGCUCCGAAUGGACACAUAUUCUUAGAGUCAUUUUCUCCAGUUUAUAAACAUGCACAUGAUUUUCUUAUAGCCAUCUCUGAACCUGUAUGCAGACCAGAACAUAUUCAUGAAUAUAAACUAACAGCUUAUUCGUUGUAUGCUGCAGUAAGUGUUGGUUUGCAAACCAAUGAUAUUGUUGAAUAUUUAAAAAGACUAAGCAAAACAACUGUACCAGAAGGUAUAAUAGAAUUUAUAAAACUGUGUACUUUAUCUUAUGGCAAGGUUAAACUUGUAUUGAAACACAAUAAGUAUUUUGUGGAAAGUCCUUUUCCUGAAAUCUUACAAAAAUUACUCAAAGAUCCUGUUAUACAAGAAUGUAGAUUAAGGAGGACUGUGGAGGCUGAAGGUGAAGAUGGAUUUAUUACACAGGUACAGGAUAAGAAGAGUGCACUGACUUUUGGUGCAAAACCUAGUACCUCUACAGAAACUAAUAGUGAAGGUACAGCAAUUCCAGAUGACAUAACCAACUUUUACGAGAAAAUGGAUAAUGAAGAAGAUGAAGAAGAAUCAAACCUGGAGACUGUAUCUUUUGAAGUUAACCAAGAAAAAAUUGAAGUCAUACAAAAGAGGUGUAUCGAGCUUGAAUAUCCUUUGCUGGCUGAAUAUGAUUUCAGAAAUGAUACAGUGAAUGCUGACAUCAAUAUCGAUCUGAGACCUUCUGCAGUUUUGAGGCCUUACCAAGAGAAGAGUUUAAGGAAAAUGUUUGGCAAUGGAAGAGCGAGAUCUGGCGUUAUAGUGUUGCCUUGUGGAGCAGGAAAAUCUUUGGUUGGAGUUACAGCAUGUUGUACAGUGAGAAAAAGAGCUUUGGUAUUGUGUAAUUCUGGCGUAUCUGUAGAGCAAUGGAAGCAACAAUUCAAAAUGUGGUCUACAGCCGAUGACAGUAUGAUUUGCAGGUUCACCUCUGAAGCCAAAGACAAACCAAUGGGCUGUAGUGUAUUAGUAACAACAUACUCAAUGAUAACCCAUACACAAAAACGUUCCUGGGAAGCGGAACAGACCAUGAAAUGGCUUCAAGAACAAGAAUGGGGUAUUAUGGUUUUGGAUGAGGUACACACAAUUCCAGCCAAAAUGUUUCGAAGGGUAUUAACACUUGUACAGUCUCAUUGCAAACUUGGACUGACAGCCACGCUGCUGAGAGAAGAUGAUAAAAUUGCUGAUUUGAAUUUUUUAAUUGGCCCAAAGUUGUAUGAAGCUAAUUGGUUGGAGUUGCAAAAGAAAGGAUUUAUUGCCAGAGUCCAAUGUGCUGAAGUUUGGUGUCCAAUGACUCCAGAAUUCUACCGUGAAUACUUAGUGUGCAGAACAAGCAAAAGAUUAUUGCUCUAUGUAAUGAAUCCAAAUAAAUACAGAUUAACGCAGUAUCUGAUAAGAUAUCACGAACGGCGUGGAGAUAAAACCAUCGUAUUUUCAGACAAUGUUUUUGCAUUGAAGCAUUACGCUAUAAAAAUGAAUAAACCUUAUAUUUAUGGCCCAACAACUCAAAGCGAAAGAAUCCAAAUUCUACAAAAUUUCAAAUUCAAUCCAAAAGUCAAUACGAUUUUCGUUUCUAAAGUGGCAGACACUUCGUUUGAUUUACCUGAGGCCAAUGUCUUGAUUCAAAUUUCUUCGCACGGAGGUUCUAGAAGGCAAGAAGCCCAAAGAUUGGGGCGUAUUUUGAGAGCCAAAAAAGGAGCAAUAGCUGAAGAAUAUAACGCCUUUUUCUACACCCUGGUAUCACAAGACACAAUGGAAAUGGCUUAUUCUAGAAAACGUCAACGGUUUUUGGUGAAUCAAGGUUACAGCUAUAAAGUGAUUACAAAAUUGUCUGGGAUGGAUAGUGAGACAGAUUUACAUUACAAAACUAGGGAGGAACAAGGACAAUUGUUGCAACAGGUAUUGGCUGCUAGUGAUAUUGAUUGUGAAGACGAGAGAGUGCCUGGUGAAGGAGGUCCAAGAGGAGGCCCAGGAGGCAAUCGCAGAGUCGGGCAUAUGGGCUCAAUGUCAGGAGCUGAUGAUGCUGUAUACUAUGAGUUUAAAAAAUCUAAUGUCAACAAGCAUCCCUUAUUUAAGAAGUUUAGAUAUUAAUUUUUUUUAU